AUGAAAUUAAAUAAUUUUCUUCUUUAGAUGCAAAAAUAAACUCAGAUUAAUUAGUUGCAACAAAGCUCAUAGCAAGAGACUUCUUAAAAAGUUAAUUAGACUAACAAAUCAGCUAUUGAAGAUAAUUAUAAAACCAAUGAAACUUAAUUAUCAAUAGAUAAUUCCAAAAAAUUAUAAAAAAAUAUGUCAAUUUGCUAGCAAUCGCCUGGAAACAACAAAACUAAUUUACUUAAUGCUCAAAAUGAUAUAAAUUCUAUUUAAUCUUACAGAGAUCGCACAUAAUUAUAGUAGUAGUCAGUCUUACUAGCAAAUCAAAAUAAUAAACUCACUCCAACCAGAAAUAACCACAAUUUAAAAACUAUCCCUUCACCUAAAAAUUAGAAUUUUUUAGGCGUCUGCACAAGUAAAUAAAAAUCUUCAAAUUCUUAGAAUACCCUAUAGAAUAAUCUUUCACAAUCUCCUCUCUAAGUAGCUUCUCCUCCCUAAAAACUUUUAGAUGAAAGAUAAAAAACAAGCUCUAAAAAUAUAAAUUAAAAGUUAAAAUAAAAUGAAUUUUCUCAUUCACAAAGUUUAUUAAUGUAUCAUUAGCAAGAUCAAGCUAAAAAUUAAAAAUGCGAUCAUUAAGUUUAAUAAGUUGUUGACUCUUAAAAUCAAAAAAAUAACUCAAAUUCAUCAGAACCUUGCAAAAAUGUCUAAGUAACUAAACUACAAAAUAUCCCUUCAACUACUGUUUUGAAGGAAUUUAUUGAAGGUAUAAAUAAACAAAAGAAUAUCAAUAAUAGUAACUCUAGUCAGCUAAAAACAUUGUAAACUUAAUAAGUAAUAAACACAUCUAAAAGCAGUAAUUAAUGCCAAACUGCAAACUCUUAAAAUAAGUCAAAAUCACCAUAAGGAUUAAAAAAAUAAAAUCCUCUCUAAUAUGGUAUUUUAUCAUCUAUAAAUAAAAAAUCUUUGGGAAGUGCAAAGCUAAACACAACUGGUAAUGUAAACUAAUAAAAAUACCAAAUAUUUAUUGACACAAAUGAAUAAAACAGCAACAGUAUACUAAAUGCACAUCAAUAAAAUACGAAUGAUUAAUCUAACCAGAUAUCUGCAUAAGGUCUUCUUAGCUAAAAAAACGCAAAGAAAAAUCUUAAUAGUAUAAUAUCUCCAUCAAAUAUUUCAAAUGCUUAUAAGAUCUAAGUGAAAACAAAGAGCUAAGAUUCUAGUUAAACUGCAUAAAAUUAAAAAUUAAUUUAGUAAAUGAGAUAAUCUAAAGUUAAUACAUCAUAAAAUCUUUAUGAAAGUCAGAGAUAAUAAAAAUUUUAAUGCUAAUCUAUGUUUAUUAAUAACAACAGCUAAACGCAGGAUGUAGAAAAUAAAAAUUAAAUAAACUUGUCUUAACCUGAUUUAGAUACUUUAGACUCUGAUGCGAUUGCUCAUUACACUGAUUUGAUUACUCUACAAACACAGGAGUUAAAAGAAGAGUAAUUUACUCCCAAUUAACAAAAGAGCUUAAAAAAACUUGGUAAUGUCUUAAAUACCAAUUUAAAUAACAACCUUAAGCAUUCUUUGAUAAUAAAUGAAUAAAAAAAUAUGAAAAAAUCUUUUGAAGAUAAGAAGAAAUCACAAAGUUAAGAAUUUAAAUCUAGCAGAUAAUAUAACAACAAAUCUGAAUCUAGUGAAUAAAUUUAAAAAUCUUAAGAAAGUUUAAGGAUUUAGUUGGGGUCAAUCAAACCAGAGUAGUAAGAAACAAAUUUAGAAUGCAACGAAGAAUUUGAAUUCAACAAUUACAUAGAAAAUAAAGCAAAAGCAAAUUCAUAACCAAAAAAAAGAGAGAACUAACUUCUACUUUAGUCUUUCACAGAGAGUUUAUAGUCAUCUUAAGACACAAGAAGAAAUAACUUGGAUAAUAAUUUUAAUCUAAAUCAAUUAGAUAAUUAAAUUAUUUGUAGAAAUGAUAAUUGCUUCAAUCACCAAUCUAAAAAGGGAAAAUACCACAUAGAGUUAGAGAGUUUGAGUACAAAUAACUAAAACUUAAAAUCUUACUGCUCAAAAUGUGCAAUAGAAUUAGUUAGCUAAGGAAUAAAGGUCAUAGAAAAUGAAUCUGUAACAAAAAAAAAUGUGAUUGAUUCCUUUUUAAUCAAUUUAAGAAGUGGUGUAAAUGAUUUGUUAAAUAAUACUUUAAAGCUUGUUGACGAAAAAGAUAACACUCUGCAUCAACACUAUUAAAAAUAAUUAAAUAAAUUAAAUAAUUUUUAUGAUGAAUGUAUAAAUCUUUGCAAUCAACUCAGGUCAGAAGAUAUUCAGAAAUUAGUUGAUUCAUAAAAUUAAAUAUAAGAAAUAUACAAUGAGAGAAGGAAUAUCAUUCGCUCUCAUAUUAUCGAUGUAGAGAAUAUGAACAAAGAUAUAUCUUCAAAUAUAGAUCAAAUCAUCCAUAAUAUAAAGCUUGGUCCUUUCAAAGAAAUCAUUAAUUAAUAUUAAGAUAAAUGUAAUGAAUUCAUAAACUAUUGCGAAUAAACUAAUCAAAUACAAAUUAACUUCUUAAAAUACAACAUUGAUAAUAGCUAAUAAAAUAUUCAAUCAUUAUAAAAUCUAUUUCAGACAUUUAGAAAAACUUACUUUUAUGAACAGUCAAAUUUUAUUGAAAAUUUAUAAUCAUUCUAAAGUGAAACAAUAUAAAAAAAUGAUCAAUUUAUCACAGACAGUGCUUCAAAGUCUAUCAAAAAGUAGGAUUCUUCUAAAUUAAAGAAUCAGCUCUACGUUUCUUUUGACAAUAGAGAUCUUUUCUUCCAGGCUGCAAAAAUAGCAAGUGCUAAGAAAUCAAAUUAAAAUGACGAUGAAUUAUAAAUAAACUAACAAAAUCAAGAAUCUAAUAUUUUUUAUGACUAAUCUAAAACUGGUUUUUAAAAUUCCAACAAUUAACAGUUCGAAAAUAAUGAAAAUAAUUCUUCUUAUUAAAACUAACUUAACUAACUUUGGCAAUAAAACUAAAAUUAAUUCAAUGAAAACUAAUUUAAAAGCUAACAAAAUAUCCAAAAUUAAAAUAAUUUUAAUAUUAAUUAAGAAAACAAUUUUGAUUUUGAUUAAACUCCUAACCCCACUUUUGGAAAUAGAGAAUAAUAGCAUCCUGCUUAGUUAUAUGAUGGUAGAACAAUAUUAUAAAAUGAAUAGCUAUAGUAAACCAGAAAUUAAUUCAUGAAUCAAAAAUUGAUGAAUAAAAAUAACUUUUAAUCUUUAUCUGAAGCGAGACUCAAUUAAAUUUAAGUAGAUUUUUUAAAUAAACAUAUCGAGCAAAAUUUACAGUCAAAUUCCAACUAAUUAAAUACAUCUGAUAAGUACUCAGGAAAAAAUUAAGCAAAUAUACAAGAAAUAUUUAGUAAUCAACAAAGCAAUAAAAACAUUGGUCAUAAAGUAUCUUAAAGUAGUGGAAAUAUUCUUAAUUUAGUGAGAUACUAAAACUAGUAAGAAUAAUAAAUUCCUAAUCAUUAAACAACUGAUAAAAAGUAUAAACAGUAGCCUUUAUAACAAAUAGACGAAGAUAGCUAACAUAUAUAAUUCAAUAGUGCCUAGAAAAACCCUAAAUAUAAUGCUAACAGCAACGUUACUUCUGGAAGCACUUAUAUUUCUACUUCAAAAAAGUAAAAUGAUUAAAUUUAAGAAAAUAAUAAAAUAGAACCUUAAUAUUACCUCUCUAAUCGAGAUACUGUCAAUAUAAAUUCUUUCAUAGAUAAUUACAAUUUAGUAACAGAAGAGUUCAGAUCAGCAAAUAAUAACUCUUCAUAUUCUUAGCAUCCAUCAGCAUCUAACUUUUUUACAGGUCAAUCUACUUGCACAAAUGGCUAAGACAACUCAUAGCAUCUUAAUAAAUUAUAGACUUAAUAGAAUACUCAAUGUUAUAUGAAUUCUUCAAACACCUUUUAAAAUUCCAAACAAGAAAUUCCUUUACAAAAUUCUUCUAAUUCUAAACAUGAUAAGCAGUUUUAUGACUAAUAAAGACCUGUUAAAAAUCUAAGUAACUUUAAGCCAUUAACUUUGCUACCUAGCUUUGUUAAUGAAGAUUAUGAUUCAAAUAGAUAUUAAGAUUCUAAUAGGGCAGAGAUAUCCUCAAAUGACAGAAAUAAAGACUCUUUUAGAAGUUAUUCAAAUAAUAAAUAAGGUGAUAAUUCUAAUAACCAAAGGUCAAUUAAGUAUAUUGACUAAUUAGAUAACAAUUAAGAAAAUUUUAUAAGAGUUGAACCCUAUUAAGCAGAGAACUAAGAUUAUAAAAAAUCUCCUAUCAGCUCCACAAAGAAGACACAGUAUCAACAAAAUUCGCAAGGUAGCUCUAAGAGACCUCCAGCACCUUCUCCUUCUUAUAAAAUGAACAAAUAAGCAUCUCCAUCUAUUGUUGCCUCAUUUGAUUAACUGCAAUAGAGUAAAUCAAAAGAUAAUGAAUAAAAUUUUGAAAGUAAAUACCAUAAAAAUUCUUCAGAGUUUUCUACAGGAAAAAAGAAAAAGUACUAUGACCUGCAUUUAAAUCUGUCAGCCAUGAAUAAAAACCAAAGUUUUGUUGAAAAUGAAUGUGUUGGAUUUGAAAAUGACUUUGGCAAUGAAAUUGAAAAUGAAAUUUAACAAAUUAAUUAUGAAAAUAGUUUUAGUGAAAACUUCAAACAUAAAAAUUCUUCCUAAAAAUAAAAAGAAUAAAAUCAAUUCUAAAACUAACUAAAUCAAUUAGAUUAAAAUGAUUUGGUUAAUUUAAUGAAUAAAGUUUAGAACCAAUAAUUAUAGCUCAACAAUUAAAUGACCCAACAACAGAAAUAAUAAAAUUAGCAAUUUGAAUAGAAUUAGAAUGAUAUUCAAAAUUAUAAUUAUUUAAACAAAUAAAUGCUUGAUAAAAAUGAAUUGAAUAACAGUUAACAAGCUAAUUAUUCUCUUUAAAUGUCUGAAACUAUCGAGAAAAAUGAUGUUGAGCAAAGUUAUAAUUGCAUGCUCUCAAUGCAAUACUAAGAAUCAGACCAUGAUAGCUAAUCACAAAGUAUUGUAGGUAUUGCUUCUAAGUAUUCUUAAGAUAAUAGAUAAUAGAAAGAAUCUUAAAAUAUGGAAAAAUUAGCCAAAAAUAAUAAUUAAUAAGGAUUAAUUGGAGAUUCUUUUGAUAGAAAUAUAUCAGUAACUUAAAUUUAACUAAAUGAAAGCUAACAACAAAAGUAUUUUUCUUCUCCUUUCUAAAAAUAAGAACAAAAUUUUGCAGAUUCAAUUAAUUCAUAAAAUUAAAACUUAACAACUAAAAACUAGUUUUUCUAUUCCCCAUAAUUUAAAGAAGAUACUCCAAACUUAUCAGAUUGA